CCGCCGGCCCGACCCCGACCCGGCUCGGCUCCAGCCCCGCCGUGGCCGGGCCCCCUGGCACCGCGUCUCCUCGGAGGCCAGGCCCAAGCCCUGGGGCCCAGAGGUGGGACUCUGGCACCUGUUCGGAAGCUCCUCAUUCUGUCCUCAGGACUUUCUUGUUUCCUGUUCGGAAUCCUCUUUCCCCCUUAUUUCCUGAUGUGAAUCUCUUGUCUUCCAUUUAGAUGCUCCUCUUUUCAGGUUCCCCUGCUGCCCCCUCCCCAGCCGCACCCCCCCCAAGAUGGCCCCUCUGACAGAUGCCCGCCCUCCUGCCCACCUCCCAGCCUGCUCCCCUCAAUCCUCAGCUCCCUGGGCUCUGGGAGCCCCUGGUCUUUCUUCUCCUCAAGAGCUCCUUCUCGGUUCUUUCAUGACACACCCCCCGAUGUGUCCUCAUGCUCCUGGUGGAUGUACCCCUUUAUUCUCCCUAGUGGAAGAAUCCCCUUCCCCUUGGCAUUUCUUUCUGAGAGAAGGCUGAGAAGGGAGGGGGUCACUUCUUUUCUUCCCCACCCGUUCCCCUCAUUCCUGGUCUGGAUGAACCAUCCAGAUGGUCUGGACCAGCCCCAGCCCAACCCAGCGUCUUCUGGACUUGCUAUGCCUCAGGCUAGGUUCCUGCCACGUCCGGCCUUCUCCACGCCAGACAUGGCUUCCUAGGCUCCCUGUGCUCUAGGAGGUCUGUCCACUUUACUUCCAUCUGGAGAUGGGGCGUGGUGGCUGGACUCAGGAAUCCUUAACCAGCUGUCAGAGAGGGCACCAGACCCAGGUGGGUCUGACGUGUGUGCCAUGUAGCAGCAGGGGCCACCUCUCUCUGGUCCCAGAGUCACUGUGCAGCCUUUGGCUUUCUCCACCUCAACCCCCAUCCAUAAUACCCACGCCCCCAGAGCACCUUUGAGGGGUGAAGCAGGUGCCCUGUCACCUGUCUUUGCAUGUACAGGAGCUGCACAUGGCUGAUGGGGCCUUGUCUCCCUGCUUAUACUCAAACUGGGGACGAGGGGUGAGAGGGCUGUUUUCGUAGUGAACAGUGCAGGACUAGUCUGGAUUGCCUUUCCAGAUCCUUCCCACUCGGGCCUGAGUUUGCUUGGGAGGAUCCCAGUGUGUCUGGGUGAUGGAGAGAAGAAAGAAGAGGCAUUGGUGGGGAAGUGGGUUGAGUUCCUUGGGGAGAGGACACUGGCUUUCAACCCACCCUCCUGGGCUUUGGGAAGCUCCUGGCCAGAGGCCACAAUCUUCCUAGCCAAGCGUGGAUUGGGGUAGUGCGUCUCAUAACCCCUUCAGCCUUGGGGUGCACCUCAGGACUGGCCCUUUUUUCUUGCCCGUGACCUUCGAUCCUUUCACAUGGAAGAACUCUUCCUUCUGUGGGCCUCGAGUGAGCAUCUAAGAAGCCCAGUCCAUGGUGGGGGCUCCCAGGGUAACUUGGUGCCUCGUCUGCCCUGCUGUGGGUGGGCUGGGGCUGGACCUGGCAGGAUAACAGGCUGUGUGGUGCCGGCUCUCGGUCCCCUCAGCACGGAGAGCUGCAGAUCUGCUUCUGGUCAGAGCUGCCUCUGAGCCCGGCUGGUUCAAACCGGCCCGCACAGUGCUGGGAGCUGAGCUCUGACCGGGGCGGGCUUGAGGCCGGCGACUGAGCAGCUGUGGUGGAAAGUGAAGGCACUGAGGCCACCUGACCGUGGCCUAGUGGGCUUGGCUCUGGGGCACGGCGGGACAGGCCCACUGGUGCGGAGCAGUGGCUUCUGGCACUGGCGCUGUGCCCCCCUCCGUUCUCAGUGACACCUGCGCCUCGACAGGGAGCUGUUUGCCUCUCGUCUCCGGAGGCUUGGAGAAAGCUUUGGGACAUGCGAUCCCUGGGAGAACCCGCGGUUCUAGAAGGGUGGGUUGGAGCCCUGCCACGGGCCAGAACUCCGUGGCUGCCAGGAGACCUGCCACGGGAUGGGAGCGUGUGUGGGGCCCAGCUGCACCGCUGCACCCACGCCGGAGCCUGGGAUGUGACGGGCCUGAGGGAAGGCCUCUUGGUGGCUCCCUGUCGCCUGCAGUGUUCCGCUUCACCUUCGCAACAGCCCCCGAUGGGGACUUUGCUGGGUAAAGCAGGGGCUCAGGGCGGGCCAGAGGCCCACGCUAUUGCCUGGUCGGCAUCAGAGUUGGCUUGGCUCUGGGAGGAUCUGGUCAAGGGCAGCAUGGGCCCCACAUAUGCUGCCUUGAAAUGAGUGCCCCAGGUUGGGGCCCACGGCUGGCUACCCCUUCUCGGCCUUGGCUCCGACCCUACACCUCUCUUGGCCACCUUUGGUGAGUCAUGCUGACUGGCUGUCUCCAGUGGGCUGGCCUCGGCAUGUGGUGUGUCCUGCUCUCUGUUCCUUGGGGCAGUAUUUUGCCUGACCCCACCAGGAUACGUGGCUUGGGGAGGGUACCAGCCGAGCCGUGCAUCUGAGGGCCUUUCAAGAUAGUACCUAGUUCUGGGCUGAGGAGAAGAACUAGUGGCCACGCUGAGCCCUGCGUGCUGUGCCUGGCACGGGGGCUGCAGGGGCAACUCCAUGGGCUUCUGGAGGUGGCUGGGUGCACAGUCACUCGAGAGUUUGCUUUCUGGCCGCCAGCCCCUACCUGCCUUUGUGCUUCCAGGGAAGCCUGGAUGCUGGCGAGAGCAGACCUGGGCUGCACAGAUGGGCUUGUUCAUCUGCUCCCUAACCUGAGCCCCUGGCCCCGUGUCGCCUGCUCCCCGCCCAUGCACGGUACAUCAUACCACCUGGGCUGGGAAACUGGCUCUGGUGUCAGACCAGGGCAUUUGUGCCGGUGGUUCCCACCAUGGUCUGUGUCAGUUCAGGUCAGGACCUCGGCAGGUCCAGCAGGUGCUGGCUUUGAUGUUCUGCCUGUGGGUGUUAGGUGUGUCUUUGGUGACUGGCUUGACAAGACGUGCCCUGGGCGGGCACCGCAGCAGUCAGCCCUGGGGGUGGGAGGCCGCAGGAGUUCCGUGCUGAUGUAGGCGGGGGCACCUGUCUGCGCGCGGCCCCGCACCCUGGGGCGGUGCGAACUGGCCCCUUGGCCUCCUUUGGGGGAAGCUCAGCCUCCAUGAGUGGUGCCUGGAGUGUUGCAGUCAGCCUGGCCCCGGACACCUGACCUGGGCCCUACCCCAGCCCUUCACACGAGGCCCGCAUGUCCUUCGUAAGCCAGACCUGGCCCUCACCCACUGAGGUCGGCUGAAGCUGGAGGGAGGGGCUGCUGAGCUCUGCCACCCCCAACUUGGUUCUCAGCCAGGAAAGCUCCUUGCCACCCCAUCGGGGUGAAGGAGUAGUGAGGGGGCCUCUGUCAUGGGGUGUGGCACCAACUGACCUUCGGGUCCUGUGUACUCUGCUCUUGGCCUCAGACCUGGCCCUGCCCCUUCUGCCUGGGUGCCCCCUCCUGCUCCUUGUGGUCCUACUGAGGCAGCACCCCUGAUGCUGAGGGGUCUUCUCUUGCUGGAGGAUGCCUGGCCUGUUCCUCCUGGCUAGUGCACUUGCCACUGUCCAUGCUGUGGGAGGAUUGGGGACGUCCUCCCACCCCUAAGGCCACCUGUCCCCACCAGGACUCGCCUCAGCCCAAGGGGCUUGGGUACCGAAUUGGCAGUCACACUGGUAAAAGACCAGGAGGCAGGGUGGUUCCGUCUCUGCCUGGAUCCUGGCCAGUAUGCGUACAGGACGUGGGGGGUCUCCAAGGGCACCGUCUUGGCAUCUGUCGGCCUGCCGGGUGCCGCGGCCUCUCCUCAAGGUGAUGUAUUGGGAAUCUCCGAUGGGGCCGCCCACCCUCGCGACCUGGGAUCCUCUGCCCCAGCUCCGAGACUGUAGCCGGCUCAUGCUUUGGGGUGAGAAAUGAGCAGAAAAGAGCAUUGAAAAUAUGUCUGCUCAGCUGUCCAAAUCAAGGGCCGAGAGAGGGGGAGUUUCUGAACCGGCUGGAUGAGAAGCUGUCUUCUUUGUUAUGCGUGUUACCCUUUGAGUCAGAGUUUGAGCCACGCAGCCCUUGGGUUCUGAGCCGGAGCUGCCUCUGCGGGUGUUUGGUCUCUACCCGGGUCCUGGCUUUCAGGGUGGUGGGACCUCAGGAACUGCUGGCCCAGGACUUCAACCCCCAGAGCUGGUGGAGGUGAGUCACGGCCUCGCCGGAGACAGCUGCGCACCUUGGACGCCGUGUGGUCCCUUCGGGGCCCUUUGUUGAGAAGAGGCUGAGAUACGAGCUGAGUGUGCGGGGCUUGGGGCUCCGGGAGGCCCCGCUGGGCCUGGUGCAGGGAGGCCUCAGCUGGACUGAGUGGCACGUGCGGGGUUGGCGCCCUCAGCUGUGCUUCGGACGAUGGGCGGGCUGCUCCCAUGGGUCUGGGGGCUGAGCCUUCCUUUAGCGGUAAAGAGCGGAGUGGGGGAACCCCAGGCUUUCCGAUCAAGGACUGGACCCCCAGAAACUGGGAGCAUUGUCUGAGGCUUGCUUUUGCCCCAAAGGCCGGCGCUCUUCCUCAGGCCCUCAGGCGGUUCCUUCCACGUGCUGGGAGGAGCUGGUUCAGGUGGCGGCGUGCGGCACGUGUGGCCUGGGUGCAGGUUCACUGCCUGCUGCCAGGCAGAGGGAGGGGCUGCUGGGUGGUGUCCUGGGGGGCAGGUACAGAUGCGCCCUUCCUGGUCAUUGGGCUGAGUAGGGUCAUUGCCCACUUGGUGGGGUUGGGAAACCCAGCGGUGAGGGAGGAGUCCUGCUGAAAUCCCAGGCUUGUGCCUGGAGUCCUUUCCGAGGCUCCGUGGGGGCUGAGCCACGCGGCCAUACGCAUUGUCCCCUCCUCCCUCUUCAGCACGUAGCAAGGCUAGUCCUGGCCCCAUUGGCCUUUGUACCUGAGGAAGUCGAGGCCCAGAGGGAGAGGUGACCAGCUUAAGCUCAUAGAGGUGGCCGUCAGUGGGGUCAAGCCAGCGUCUGUCCUGGGAGGGAUAUCGUCUUGGGUUGUGGACGCCCUCCAGGGUCUUCUGGCAGGUGGUGGGAAGGAAGCCCGGCCUGGGUGCUGCAGGAACUGCUCCUUGGGGUGCGCAGGCUUUGGGGACUAGGCCCUGGUAGGUCAAGUGGGGCGCUCUGGCCCACCCUGGCCAGUGCUGUCCAUCAGAGGCUUGGCAGGAGGUGCUGCUCUGCAGAGUCCUCUGAGGUCUGGCUUCUGGCUGGGGACAGUCCAGCCCGACCACUGCUGAGGCCUGGUCUGCGCCGCCCUGGGCCAGGCCUGGGUGGUGGGGCAGGCUUUGGAGCCAGGUGACUGCCCUGCUGUGGAGAGGCCCCUGGGCAGGGUAUCUGCUGCGGCUGAGGCCAGCCACCUGCUGUCCACACAGCAUCCUGGCGUGGCUGGUAAGGGGCCAGCUGCAGGUGGACGUUGGCUGGUCCUUGGCCAGCCGGCAGCGCUCAAGCGUCUUGCCGAUCGGCCGUGUUCUCAGAGCCGAGCUGUCAGGGCUGAAGGGGCAGUGACCCCUCUCCCCAGAGCCCAGGGGAGGGCAGGUGCUGUGUUGCCUGAGCCUGGGUGGGGUCUGGAGGCUCUGGCAGGCUGGGUCCCUGCCACCGUCACUCAGGUCCUAAGGCGAGGCCUGCGGGGGGUCAGGGCCUCGUACGUCACCCCUCUUGGCUCCAGAGCAGGGGCUUUCGGGACAGUGCCGGGAGUGAGCAGUCACACCCGCGGCAGCCUCGGUGUCCCUCACCAGGUCCCAGGACUCCAUUGCGAGUCUCUCACCCUCAGGCCACACCCUGGCUGGGCCCCCAGCGCCAAAGGGCAGCCCACCGGCCAGGCCCGUUCCUGCCCCUCUGCUCAGGCCCUGGGGCUCUGCCUGGGCAGCCGCUCGCCAGGAGCAUUAAGGACCAGAGCUGGCCCCGUAAUUGUGUGCGUUCCUCAGGGGCUGCCUUGCCUCCGGGGCACCCCGGAGCGCCCUCCUCCAUGCAUCGUGGCCAGCUUAGCAUGUGCUGCUGCCCUCUGCCUUCUGGGAGCUGGGGCUGUGGCAUGGCUAAGCCAGGGCCUCUUGGCUCAGGCCCUUGGUGGGGCUGUGAGAGGCCGUGUGCCCUGGGCUCUUGGGCUGCACCUCCUGCGGGGCGGCAGCAGCCGAUGGUGUUGUGUCCGCCACCCUCCCCUCCACGUGCUGCAUCUCGGGCUUCUCUGUGGACCCCAGGGGGCAGACCAGACGGACAGCUUCUCUGCCCUGUCCGCUCUUGGGGCGGCCUCCCAUGUCCACCCCCAGCCAUCCUGUGCGUCCAAGCUGGCGCCGGCUGGCCCCUGCCAGGCACCCUUCCUUGUCUUGUACGUUGUAACUUUUGACCUGACUCGGAAGUUGAGGUUUGAGUGCAGCUCAGCUGCAGUGUCUGUGUGGAUGUGGCCUCUGUGAAUGAGGCCCCAGUCAGGCCCGAGUGCUCAGAGCCCACUCUGCCUCCUACGGCCCUGAACUCGGGGCACACAGACCCCUGAAGUGAUGGCAUGCGCGCAUGGCCAGGCGGCGGCCCAUGAGUCUCCCUGCCAUGCUGGGUCCCACCCGGGGUCCUGUGACCCAGGAGCUCUCUGGGGAUUUGCAGCGCUGGCGAGCAGCAGCUCUCGGGGGCCUGGGAGCUGUGUCUGCCUGGAGCACAAGCCUGUCUUUGCUCCUGCACCUGGUUCCUGUGUGGGCCUCUCCUCCCUGCCCCCCACGAGCCCCUGCAGGACCGGGCCCACAGGCCAUGUGUACUAACGGUCACUUGAUGUGCGCUGGCUGUUUUAUCCACCUACUAGCAGAUGCCCGGCUGAAGGAGGAGCAGGCCACGUGCCCCAACUGUCGUUGCGAGAUCAGUAAGAGCCUCUGCUGCCGCAACCUGGCCGUGGAGAAGGCCGUGAGCGAGCUGCCCUCCGAGUGUGGCUUCUGCCUGUGCCAGUUCCCCCGCUCCCUCCUGGAGAGGCACCAGAAGGAGGAGUGCCAGGACAGGGUCACCCAGUGCAAGUACAAGCGCAUCGGCUGCCCGUGGCAUGGCCCUUUCCACGAGCUGACAGUGCACGAGGCCGCGUGCGCCCACCCAACCAAGACGGGCAAUGAGCUGAUGGAGAUCCUGGACGAGAUGGACCAGAGCCACCGCAAAGAGAUGCAGCUCUACAAUAGCAUCUUCAGCCUGCUCAGCUUCGAGAAGAUCGGCUACACAGAGGUGCAGUUCCGGCCGUACCGCACGGACGACUUCAUCACGCGCCUGUACUACGAGACGCCGCGGUUCACGGUGCUGAACCAGACCUGGGUCCUGAAGGCGCGCGUCAACGACUCGGAGCGCAACCCCAACCUGUCGUGCAAGCGCACGCUGUCCUUCCAGCUGCUCCUCAAGAGCAAGGUCACGGCGCCCCUGGAGUGCUCCUUCCUGCUGCUCAAGGGCCCAUACGAGGACGUGAAGAUCAGCCCAGUCAUCUACCACUUCGUCUUCACCAACGAGAGCAACGAGACGGACUACGUGCCGCUGCCCAUCGUCGACUCCGUGGAGUGCAACAAGCUGCUGGCCGCCAAGAACAUCAACCUGCGGCUCUUCCUGUUCCAGAUCCAGAAGUAGGGGCGCCGCGCACGCGCGCGCCCCCCACGCCUGCCCGGCGGUGGCUUCGCAGCACCGUCGACCCUCGGCCACGGAGGAGGAGGAACCAAGCGAACCUUGGGACGUCUGCAUGCGUGUGCGAAGGUGUGCGUGCCCACGCCUCGCCCUCCGCCCCACCUGCCCCCCCAUCCCGGGCGCUGGAGGCUGGCCCCCCGCAGAGGAGAUGCUGCCUGGGGACCGAGAGGCGCGGUGUGGCCAGGCCCAGUGGCCCGCCCGGCCCCCGUUGUGCAGGGGGUCAGCCCUGCUCUGCGCCUCCUCACGCCGGCCCGCACGCGGCUCCUGGGCCGGGCUCGGGGGCGCUGACCUCAGACGGCAUAUUUGAUUGCAAUUAAAAAGGCACCCUUGUUUCCUACUUGCUGUUUUGUUCGAGGCGAAGGCGUGGCUGUAAUUGGACAGCGCGGGGGCUUUGGCGUGGCCGGGCUCUGAGCCACCCCUCCCUGUUCCUGCGCCUUCACGCGCCACCCCCACCUCACCCCAGCCCCCCGCCCCAGGAGAGACUUGGAGACGCGGCCCCUCUGCCACCUGGGGCCGGCGAGCGGAGCCAGAGGUCACAGCAGCCCCAGCACAGCCCACCCCCGGCUGCUCGGCGGAGGCAGGACUCGGCCAGCGGGCUCCGCAACGUUUCGGAAUGCAGGGUCAUAUUCCGUCUCUUCCCCCCAAAAUUAAACCCUCCGGGGUUCUUCUGUAAGUUACGUAAAUUUAGCAAGAAGCCGUCUCCUCCACUGAGCCUCAAGGGUGCGGUGUCCGCUUGACACCGCGAGGGUCAGGCUGUGAAGAAGGUUCUGGGGUCGGCCAGCAGUGAGCAAGCCUGGCAGAGGGAGGGUCUGAGUGGGCCAGCUGCUGCCUCCCAAGGCCCUACAUGGAGGUCUUCAGUGGGCGGUGGGAUCGCGGGCCGCCCGCCCCCGCCCCCGCCCCUGCCACUCGGCCCUGGGGCUGCCCUGAGCAGGUCCCUUGUGGGCCUCACCGGCGAAGGAGCCCUGCCCAGGAUCCUGGGACCUUCAGAGCUUCCAGGAAAGAGAGCUCGGCUCCCCUGCUUGGGAGCCCAGGCUUCUCUGAGAUAGCUUUUCAUUGCUUCAGUACCAAAGAACUGUAUUUCCUUCACCCCUGGCCGGGCCCCUCCAUGCUCCGCCAGCCCUGGCCAGCCUGACCCCCAUUGCCUGGGCCCUGCAGGCUCAGUGGGCAGGGCAGACCCGGCCUCUCUUUGGGGGCUCCGCUCGCUCCUGGCCCUAGAGGUGGGACCUGAGAAAUGGAGAGAAGGAGCUGAGGGUUGAGUUUGAGCCUCACCCCAGCUGCUGGCGGCCACUCUGCCCUCCCAGGCUCAUGGCUCCCCUGUUCCCUCUCGGAGCUCGGGGCUUGCCGGGAUCUCCUCCUGUGGGGCCAACUCAGCCUGGCCUGCCCUCUGCAGAGAGAAGGCCCACCCAGCCCAGCACAUGCUUGUGGGCACACCCUGGCACUGUCCCCGAGCUCAGGCACUGUUCCUGUUCACCUGCCUGCCGGUAGGCUGGGUGUCCUCUGUAUGGGAUGGUGCCAUGUCACUGCAUCGAGUCCCUUGGGGACAGACACCCUCUGGGGAUUCCAGAGUGACCACGUUGUGAGGGAGCCAGGGCAGGCUUGGGCUGGCCCAGUCGGCAUGUUGUUUGGGUGCGUGUGUGAGAUGGAGGCAGCUGAGAGGUGGCCCCUGAGGGGCCGGUAGGAGGCGGGGGGUGGGGGUGGGCUGUGAAGGUAGGUGGCCACCAGUGAGGGCCAGGCAGGGGGAGGAGAAACCAGGGCUGGCGAGACCCCUCGGCCCGCCUCCUUAUUCCCAGGCUAACAGCACGACAGGCCUCUCCGGUGGGGAACUGGAGGGCUGGUGGGGAGCGGGGACCACACAGCCCUGAGUGCGUGCUUGGGAGGAGGGUGGCACCCAGGCAAGGCCCUCCCUGGAGAGAGGUGCCUGAGAAGAUGGCAAAUCCGCCCGGGGACAGUCACCUCAGCAGCCGAGCCCGGCAUCCUGGGACACAUGUGUGUUCGUGGACACGGCUAGAGGCACGCAUCAUAAAUCUUGCGGCAUCUCACGGGGCUUCACUGGUUGGUUGCCCCAGUCAUGUUGUCCGGAAGGAGAAGAGCCCAGUGGUCUGUCUCCAGGGUCCCAAGCCAGCUUAGCAUCCCGAGCUGGAGGGGGUAGGGGAGGCCCCAGGGCACAGGCGGAGCCAGCCCCUUCCCUUUCACUCCAGUUCCCUGUAAGCACUACAGCUUUCAGUUCGCCCAAAGGGAGACAUUUUGAAGAACAAUAAAAAUAAUUUUUUAAA